CUGCCAUAUCUACUUUAUGUGCAUUAUUCUCAUCAUUUCGACACAGUUUUUUGUUCGACAAGUUUUGAAGAAUUGUUGUCUGGCGUAGCUGCUUUUCUUGCCUGUCAAGGCGUGCAAAUUUUAAACAAAAUCUUUCAUUAUCCCUUAGCCUUUGACUCGAUCUGAAAGAAAAGGCAACAAAUCAAACGAAUCUCUGAUUUUCACGCAUAUUUAUAAAGUGUAUCACUUGCGGUUUGUAGCAUUCGAUUGAAACAUCAACGAUUAUUUGAAAAAAAGAAGAAGAAGCAGCAGAAAAACAUAGCGCAUUAAUUUGGAAUAAAAUUCAAUUGGAAUUGCAAUAAAGCAUGGCGGCCAAUUCGAACUCCAAAACCAUGGAUCUGGAUAAAAUAUGGAGUACGCUAAAAGAAGGUAUCACGCAAAUUUACAAGCGGGAACCCAGUCUUACCAUGGCUCAGUAUAUGGAUUUAUAUACGCUCGUGUAUAAUUACUGUACCACCGUCUCAAAGUCCAACAAAAGUAAGAUGAUGAACACACAUAAUACGGGCACAGCAAAAAGUGGCGGUGCUGAGCUAAUUGGUCAAGAACUCUAUAAACGAUUAAAGAAUUUUCUAGAGAAUUAUCUAAUCGAAUUGUUAAAGAGUGGAUCGAAUUUGAUCGACGAAGAGGUGUUGACAUUUUACACCACAAAAUGGGUUGAAUAUCGUUUUUCAAGUCGUGUACUGAAUGGCGUUUUCGGCUACAUUAAUCGGCAAUGGGUGCGUCGCGAAUGUGAAGAAGGCCAUAAAGAUGUUUAUGAAGUGUAUCAGUUGGCAUUGGUCACAUGGCGUGAACAUCUUUUUAAACAUCUCAACAAACAAGUUACAAAUGCCGUACUUAAAUUGAUCGAACGUGAACGUAACGGUGAAACGAUCGAUUCCCGUCUCAUAUCUGGUGUAAUCAGCUGCUAUGUUGAAUUGGGUGUUGAUGAAGAUGCGCCGAAUGCACGUGGUCAAAAUUUGUCCGUUUACAAGGAAAGCUUUGAAGAUGUAUUUUUACAGGAUACCGAACGUUUUUAUUCAGCUGAAAGUGCUGAAUUCCUGCGACAAAACCCAGUUACAGAAUACUUGAAACGCGUUGAACAACGUUUGAACGAAGAAUCAAAACGUGUCCAAGUUUAUUUGCACGAAAACACACUCGCCAGCUUAGCUAAAACCUGCGAACGCGUUCUCAUCGAAAAACACUUAGAUAUAUUCCGUACUGAGUUCCAGAAUCUACUGGACUCGAACAAAAAUAUCGAUUUGGGUCGUAUGUACUCACUAGUGUCUCGCAUCAGCGAAGGAUUAAAAGAACUGAAAAGCGUAUUGGAAGAACACAUUCACAAACAAGGUGUCGAAGUGAUUGCCCAGUGCGGUGAUGCUGCAAUAAAUGAUCCAAAAGUAUAUGUGCAAACCAUACUUGAAGUGCAUAAGAAAUACAAUGCGCUCGUAUUGGUAUCAUUCAAAAAUGAUUCCGGAUUUGUGGCUGCUCUUGAUAAGGCAUGUGGCAAAUUCAUAAAUACAAAUGCAGUUACAACGACCAGCAAAAAUACAAGCAAGAGCCCAGAACUGUUGGCAAAGUACUGUGAUUUAUUAUUGAAAAAAUCGAGCAAAAAUCCCGAAGAAGCCGAACUCGAAGACACUCUCAAUCAGGUUAUGGUUGUAUUCAAAUACAUUGAAGACAAAGAUGUAUUCCAGAAAUUCUACAGUAAAAUGUUGGCCAAACGAUUGGUGAAUCACACAUCGGCCUCAGACGAUGCCGAAGCAUCUAUGAUUUCAAAAUUGAAACAGGCAUGCGGUUACGAAUACACAAUCAAAUUACAACGAAUGUUUCAAGACAUUGGCAUUUCCAAGGAUCUUAAUGAUAAAUUCAAAGCGAGAACCAAAUCGUCCGAUGUGCCAAGCGAAAUUGAUUUUAGCAUUCAAGUUCUGUCAAGUGGAUCAUGGCCAUUCAGUCAAAGCUUUAAUUUUUCUUUGCCAUCCGAGCUAGAAAGAUCUGUCCAACAUUUCAAUCAUUUUUAUGCGGAUGUUCAUUCGGGACGUAAACUCAUCUGGCUGUAUAAUAUGUGCAAAGGUGAAAUUGUGACAAAUUGCUUCAAAAAUCGAUACACAUUACAGGCAAGUACGUUCCAAAUGGCAGUGUUGCUACAAUUUAACGAACAAACUAGCCUAACCGUUCAACAACUUGGUGAAAACACUGGUAUCGCUCAAGAAAAUUUGCUCCAAGUUUUGCAAAUUCUUUUAAAAGCAAAAUUGCUUACGUGUUCAGAUGAUGAGAGCAGCUUGAAUGGUGCAUCAGUCAUUGAACUAUAUUUAGCAUACAAAAACAAAAAAUUACGCAUCAACAUAAACAUCCCGCUUAAAACCGAACUGAAGAUCGAACAAGAGGCCACACAUAAGCACAUUGAAGAAGACCGAAAACUUCUGAUACAGGCAGCUAUUGUACGUAUUAUGAAAAUGCGUAAAAUUCUCAAUCAUCAAAAUUUGGUCGGUGAGGUACUCACACAACUUUCGACACGAUUCAAGCCUAAAGUUCCGGUCAUCAAGAAAUGUAUCGAUAUUCUCAUCGAAAAGGAAUACUUGGAACGUAAAGAGGGUCAAAAAGACACCUACAGCUAUCUGGCAUGAUUUCACUCAACCUUUCAUCUAAAUGUUUCAAUCGGAUUAUAUUUUUAAUCUGAUGAUAGUUUAAUUUUUCAUACAAAAACAAAAAAAACAACAACAACAACAUGUAAAAGUUUCCAAUUCUCUACGUUAAGAAAUAAGCUUCUUUUUUUAUUCGCGUCCGAAACAUAAUGGAGAAAUUUAUCUAAUUUCGCUGUUUACAUCGCCCGCGUAUCAACAAACCGAAUUCUAAUCUUCUCCCAAGCGCUUUUGAUUUCAAACAUAAAUUUUUUUUCCACAUCUCAAUGUUAUCAUUUUAUUUUUGUUGAAUGGACUUUUGUUCGUUACUUGAAAUCAAAUCACAUAAAUAAAAAUGAGAUCAAAAACGAAUUAUCAUCAAACUAUUAUUUUGUCAUUGCCAUUUAUUGUUUGUUGUCAAAUUGACAAUCUGAUGGUUUUUAUAAAAUGAAAUGAAAUAUUAUACAUUUUAGUUGACAUCUUGCAAAGAAAUGUGUUGAAGAA